UAGCAUGAAACAGUACAUUUCAUCGUCUUAUUGAUAUAACUCACAAACGUCAAUAUGGUUGAGUGGACAGACUUUGAGCGCGCAACCAUCCAGAGCAUCUUCGGGAAGAUGGACUACGAAGACGUGGGCCCUGCGGCUCUUUCCAGGUGUCUGGUCGUCUACCCUUGGACCCAGAGGUAUUUCGGUAACUUCGGAAACCUGUACAAUGCGGCUGCCAUCCAGGCAAACCCCAUGGUCGCCGCUCAUGGAAAGGUCGUUCUACACGGUCUAGACAAGGCUGUCAAGAACAUGGAUGACAUCAAGGGCACCUAUGCGCAGCUGAGUGUGCUGCACUCUGAGAAAUUGCACGUGGAUCCCGAUAAUUUCAGGCUGCUGGCUGACUGCCUGACGAUUGUCGUUGCUGCAAGAAUGGGUUCCGACUUCACCGCUGAAGUACAGGCCGCAUUCCAGAAGUUCCUGGCGGUGGUGGUGAGCUCCCUGGGCAGACAGUACCACUGAAAGCUUUCGGCCCGCUUCACUGAGUGUAAAAAACAGCUGUACCGAUUCUAAAGGAAAUAAAGUGCUGAAUCAAAAACUA